UAUGUAAAAAAGAAAAGGAGAAGAAAGGAGGGAGGGGCAGCUGACAGUCAACACCAUAAGAGAGAGAACGACGUGCGCCCGGCGUUGGUUUUUUGUUCGGCGUUCACGGCGAAGUUCGACGGCGUCCUUCGGCCAUUGCAGCGACGGGCAGCGACGGGGUGUGUUGGGCAUCAGUUUUUUGGGGUUUUUGGGUCACGGUCGACGGGCAGUGACGGCGCAUUCCCACGGCUUUUGCAGCGUUGAGUUUCCGACAGUUUUGCGCACCGUUUGUGGUCAGUUCCGACGGGUUAAGGUCUCAGAUUCAGAGGGUAUCCGCUGGUCUCUCAUAACGAAAACGUAACACUACAGGGCAAUGGAAAGACAGGGACUCAAUGUCAAGGUCUCAAAUAACGAUUGCAAGAGUGAAAAUAUCUCCAGGAAGCGAAAACUUGCUGAACAUAGAAAGUCACUUCCAGUAGCUUCCGUUGAAAAUCUGCUCAUACAAGAGGUGCUUAGAAACGAUACAUUGAUUAUCGUUGGUGAAACUGGGAGUGGAAAAACGACGCAAAUACCACAAUUCCUGUUUAAUGCUGGAUUUUGUCGAGAUGGCAAAGCUAUAGGGGUGACCCAACCUCGGCGUGUUGCUGCUGUCACUGUGGCCAAAAGAGUUGCUGAGGAAUGUGGUGUUGAAGUGGGGCAAAAGGUUGGGUAUUCUAUUAGAUUUGAGGAUGUAACUUCUAGUUCCACAAGAAUCAAGUACAUGACAGAUGGUCUACUGCUAAGGGAGGCAUUAUUGGACCCUUAUCUUUCAAGAUAUUCAGUUAUCAUUGUUGAUGAAGCUCAUGAGAGAACGGUUCAUACUGAUGUAUUGCUAGGAUUUUUGAAAAAAGUGCAGAAAACAAGAUCUAGGUCUUUGAAUGACUCUUUUAAUACAGAGAACGUGAAUACUAAUGGCCUAGUAUUAAAAAAGGGAAAUAAUGGCAAAUAUGUAAGUUCCCUCAGGCAACAUCGAGGAAGGAAACUGCCUCCAUUGAAGUUAAUUAUCAUGUCUGCCAGCUUAGAUGCACGACUUUUUUCUGAGUACUUUGGUGGUGCAAGGGCUUUUCGUAUCCCAGGCCGUCAAUACCCAGUAGCUAUAUCUUAUACUCGUAAGCAUGUAUUAGAUUAUUCGGAGACCACUCUUAUUACUAUAUUUCAGAUUCAUUUGGAGGAGAGUCCUGGUGACAUACUUGCCUUUUUGACUGGGCAAGAGGAGAUAGAAUCUAUUGAAAAUCUUGCUAAGGAGACAAUUCAAAAGUUACCUGAAAGCAAACGGAAUUUAGUAGUUAUACCGAUAUAUUCGGCACUUCCAUCGGAGCAACAAUUGCGAGUUUUUGCCCCAACUCCACCUGGAGUUCGUAAGGUGAUAUUAGCGACAAAUAUUGCUGAGACAUCUGUGACAAUACCUGGAAUCAAGUAUGUUAUUGAUCCUGGAUUUGUAAAAGCCCGCACUUAUGAUCCAAAUAAAGGGAUGGAGUCGUUGAUUGUUUUUCCAACCUCAAAAGCACAAGCACUACAAAGGAGUGGGCGUGCAGGCCGUGAAGGACCUGGAAAAUGCUUCCGUCAAUAUCCUGAGGAUAUGUUUUAUAAACUUGAGGAUUCAACAAAGCCGGAGAUCAAGAGAUGCAACCUUUCUAAUGUCAUUUUACAGUUGACGGCUUUAGGUGUUGAUAAUGUCGCGGAAUUUGAUUUCUUGGAAGCACCACCAAGGCAAGCUAUUUUCAAGUCGUUGGAGCAGUUGAUUCUGCUUGGGGCUAUUGCCAAUGACGGCAAACUAUCUGAUCCAGUAGGACAUCAGAUGGCUCGUAUUCCGUUAGAUCCAAUAUACUCUAAAGCUCUGAUUGUUGCCAGUCAGUCCAACUGUUUGGAAGAAAUGCUGAUAACUGUGUCAAUGCUGUCAGUGGAAUCCAUUUUUUACCAUCCUCGUGAAAAGCAAGAAGAGGCAAGAGCUAAAAUGAAAUGUUUUUCAAGUCCAGAAGGUGAUCAUCUCACUCUAAUCAAUGUUUAUCGAUCUGCUGUGGAUUUUUUGAAUAAGAAAAAGUUGGAACUUAACAAAGACAAAUUGGAGAAAAGCUUGAGAAAGUGGUGCAAAGAAAAUUUUAUCAAUAGUAGAUCUUUGAGACACGCACGUGACAUUCACAGUCAAAUUAGAGGACAUGUUGAACGAAUGGGCCUUCCCCUCAACUCUUGUGGAGAUGACAUGCUUCAGUUUUGUAGAUGCCUUGCUGGUUCCUUUUUUCUCAACGUUGCCACAAAGCAGCCUGAUGGAACAUACAGGGAUUUUGCCAGUGGUGAGGUGGUACAGAUUCAUCCUUCUUCAGUGUUAUUCCGUAAAAAACCAGAUUGUGUAAUUUUCAAUGAGUUCGUGCAAACUAAUAACAAAUACAUCCGCAAUAUCACUAAAAUUGAUCGACUUUGGCUUUUGGAACUGGCUCCCCAUUAUCAUGCUCUGAAAAGCUAAAUUGAUGUGUUCAUGUUUGUAUAGGUAUUAUUGUAUUACUUUAAUAGUUCGGAAAUACUUCUCAAUAUCGUGUCUAACAUGUGCAUUUUUCAGUUCGAUGGCAUACAACAUUGGAUAGCUCCACUUCCAGAAGGUAUUCGGGAAAGUCAUUUCAACAGAAAGGUACUCAAAUACAUGCGAUUGUUGUUCAGUUCUCUUAUUGGUAUCCAUCUCUCCUUGUGUUCAUGAAUGAUUAGAGAAAAAAGGCGUUAGAUCCCAAGUAGAAGGAAACAACAUGGAAUACCAGAUAAAACUUCAUUGCAAUAUCAAGUGAAAAGUACAAUAUCAAUUUCUUUUUGAGAAGGUUGUCUCUCACAAUUCACUACUAUGGAUUGGUUCACCAAAAUACGGUCUCUCCUGACAAAACCUAACUCUCCAUAUAACCAAGUCACCCUUGCCCUUUUUUUUUCCCUGAUGAGAACAUACACUAUGCCCAAUGCUUUUAAGAAUAGUAUUCUUAUUUCUAAUGUAUAUCCUAAUGGUACUCUCACUAGGGUACUAUAAGUUUUCGUGCGUAUACCUCGAAACUAAAUGUCGUAGAAGUAACCAGCCUGCUUAUGCUACAGUGACUAUUUUGAUUUCUUUAGUAUAAUAAAAGGAGGAAUAUUUGAGUA